GUGGUGGUAACUUGAAAACAGAAUGAGUUGUAGCGGCGGAGAACCCGAUCGGUCAGCUUUGGCCCGGAGUCGUAGCAUUGAUCACCAGCUCGAUGAAGAACGAGAAAGAAGACAGAAAGAGAUUCAACUACUGGUGCUAGGUGCUUCCGGUUCCGGGAAAAGUACCUUUAUCAAACAGAUGAGAAUCAGAUAUGGAGACGGCUUCCCUGAAAACGAACGCCACUAUUUCAAACCAUUUAUUUACGAGAACAUCACGCAUGCGCUGCACCAUGUCUUAGAUCAUAUGGCAUCUAUGAAGAUAGACUUUAAUGACCCAUCGAUGACUGAAACGGUGAGUGAGUUUGAGAAGAAAUAUCCACGAAUCAGGGCCUUGUUACUUCAUACAGUUGAGGAAGAUGGCACUCACUUCGACCACAACAAUACAAACUUAUUCCCCGCUCGACCACGACGUCUCUCGAACUUUUACUGUCAUUACGAGAAACCAGACAUUUUCUUAAUCCUGCAGGUUUGGCUAGACCCAGGCGUUCAAGAAUGUUACAAGAAUCUCAACGACCCCGACAAUGAAAUAUUCCUGCCCUAUUCUGAAGAAUACUUCCUCUCGAACAUUGAACGUAUCAUGCAACAGAACUACAUGCCGACUUUGGCUGAUAUUCUUCACAUUCGGAAAACUACAAUCGGUGUUCAAGAGUCUGUAUUCACGAUAAACAACUUAUCCUAUCGGUUUAUCGAUGUCGCUGGGCAAAAAAGUCAGCGUAAGAAGUGGAUCCCUUUCUUUGAAGGUGUCAGUGCCGUCAUAUUCUUUGCAGCUCUCAGUGCAUUUGAUGAGAUUCUUGAAGAAGAGCCUGCUAUGAACAGCAUGCAGGACAGUUUGCAAGCAUUCAGUGAUGUAGUCCAAAAUAGGUUUCUGGAAAAUAUGAACUUCAUACUUUUUCUAAAUAAAGAAGACCUUUUCAUCAGAAAAUUAAAAUUCACCAAGAUGUCUAAAAAUUUUCCUGACUACACAGGAGACAACAGUCCUGAACAGUGCCAGGAGUAUAUCAAGGACAAGUUUCUGGAGAAGAAACCCAACAAGAAGAACAUCUAUACACAUAUAACCUGUGCUGUCGAUGAGACAAAGAUGAGGAAUGUUCUGGAAAAUAUGCUCGAAAUGAUAGUUGAAUUCAACAUUCGAAAGUGUGGCACUUACUAAAGAAUUCUCAACUAAAUCACUCUCUCUCCCUCUCUCUCUCUCUCUCUCUCUCUCUCUCUCCUCUCUCUCUCUCUCAAUCUUUCUAUCUAUCUAUCUAUCUAUCUCUAUCUAUCUAUCUAUCUAUCUAUCUAUCUUGCUUAUUUGGAUCACCUGUAACAAUCUUCACCACUCUCACCACCCCGACACCAUCACCAACUACCACCUCCACAUCCACCACCAACACAACCACCACGACAACACCCAUCACAAUAUGCCGUGCUCCCACCCCCCACAAACAAAUCCCCCACCCCACCCUCACGAAUACCACCUCUACUAAUUCUCUCUUACUACUACCACUACCACUACUACUACUACACCUCCAACAUGGCCAUUUCUGCUGCUGCUCCUCCUCCUCCUCCUACUACUACUACAUGAACGCCACCAACAACAACAGCAACAAAUACAACUCAUACUACUGAUAAGAGUACUACGACAAAAUAC